UAUCACUUUACUUUUGCCCUCAGACUCUCUAAGAGCUCAGUAAAGGACAAUUAUUUUGGUCAGUUUUGCUUCAGGGCUGUAAGGCGGAGGGCAGGCCGUAGGACGGCGUCCAGCACACGUGGAGAUAACUGAGGUGCAAACAUGAUGAAAGCGGGCGCCACCAAGGUGGGACUGCCCAAACCAGGACUCCAGGAGCGAGCCAAGCAGUCCUCCUUGACCUCCUCUUCUUCCACCACCACCUCUACAGCCAUGAAGACCUCCAGAUCCUCCAACAUGCUGGCCUCAGACCAACGCCUCAGCAGACUGAAAAGAGCGAGCAGUGAUGACGCCUUGACAAAGCCCGCGCUGGGAGCUGCUGCCACUGGCUCCCGGAUGAAAAAGACUGUGACCACAGGAGCCAUAUCAGAUCUCGCUGAGGCUCGCCCUCGAAGCCAGUCUGGUGUACAAACGGCUAAGAAGUCUGGCAUCCCAGCCCCAAGAGAAAUACCUGUACCUAUAACAAGAGACCGCACCUCUCUGAGGGAGCAGCUAAGGAGCUCCAGCACUAAGAGGAUGGUUUCCAGUGCCAGCACCUCCAGCCUCUCCACGCUGGCAAAGCAGACACGUGGAUCUACAAAGUCCCGUGGGGAUGCAGAGGGCCAGGAAAGGGGCCUUUUGGAGUGCCAGGUGAAAGAGCUGCUGGCUGAGGCCAAGGCUAAAGACUUAGAGAUCAGCAAUCUUAGGAUGGAGUUACAGCGCUGCAAAGGUAAAACCUCCCCCACUUCCCCUAAAACUUCACCAAGCUCUGUCUCGUGGCAAGAGCCUUCUGUGGACAGAGAGCAGGGCCAGGUGACGGAGGCCCUCGUGCUGGUAGGGGAGUUGAGGGAGAAGAACGGAAAGUUUCAGAGAGAGCUUGCAGCGCUCAGGGAGGAGAACCAGGUGCUGAAGGAGAAGCUGCUCAGCUUGGAGGCUUCUCCCGUCUCUUGUACAAGCACAAGCAGUCCAUCCAAACCAUUAGUUAAUGGCCUGCCGUCAGACUCCAACUCCUCUGCUCCUCAGCAGGAUAGUCUCGCUUCAACCACCAGCCCUCUUAAAACAUCUGUGUCCUCUGGCUCAGAUAUCACUAAGGACUCACCAUCACCCGACUCCUCAGAGUUUGAGAAGAUCCCGUCACGUUCAGAAUCAGUGAGCAGUGGUGUGAGCGGGGAGGCCAUUGUAGCAGGGGCAGUAACCAAUGCCAGGGGGCAGGAUGUUUCAGUAAAAAGCCUGACUGAACAGAUUCAUAAGAUGGAGGAAAGCCACCACAGCACAGCUGAAGAGCUGCAGGCAACUCUGCAGGAGCUGGCCGACCAGCAACAAGUGGUCCAGGAGCUGACUGCUGAGAAUGAGCGUCUGGCAGAGGCAAAGCGCCUCCUGCAGGCCUCACUACAACAGCAGAGAGAACGUGUCGAAGUGAUGACCCAGAAGAACGAGGCACUGGCUAGCCGGCUUCAGGAGCAAGCCCAAGCUCAGGCCCAGAGGGAGGAGGAGCUGGGGAGCCAAGGGCCUCGGCUGGCCGAGCUGGAGCAGAGGUACACCGAGCUGAUUGAAAGCUCACGAUUUGAACGGGAGAAGCUGGUAGACAUUCAGCAGCAGCUGACGGGCAGCCUACGAGCUCUAGAGGAGGAGCACCAGGAGGCCCAGGGCCAGGUGCGCUGUCUCAGAGAGGAGAUGGACAGACUGCAGGCCCAGCUGGACAGGGAGUUGGAGGCCCGGAGUCAGGCAGCACAGGUCGCAGAGGAGCAAAAGGCAACAGCAGAAAGUCUAAGGUUGGAAAACAGCAGGCUGAAGGCACAGGUGGACAUUGAGAGGCAAAAAGUGGGUGAGCUGAAGGCCAUGCAGAGUGCCAGUGACAGCAGCGAGGUGCAAAACUUGCUGAAGACGGCCCAUGCUGAGAGAGACAGGCUGGAGUCAGAGCUGACUGAGAUGAGGCAGGAGCUGCUACAGGCCCAGGCCGAGACUGAGCAUGUGCAAACUACAAUGUCCAAGGUGGAGGCCAAAUGCCAGCAGGUCCAGGAGCGGGCAGAGAAGAGGGAGCAGGAGCUCAGCGGCAGAUUAGCGUCUCUGGAGGAGGCUGGCAACCAGGCUGAGAACCAGGUGAAGGAGCUGAAGGAGACCAUCUUCGAACUGGAGGACCAGGUGGAGCAGCAGAGGGCUGUCAACUGCCACACCAACCAAGCUGUGCUGGACAUGGAGAAUCUUGUCAAAAAGCUUGAGGAGCAGAAAACUGACGCAGAGCGACAACUGAAGGUCUUGACUAGACAGAUAAAGGAAGAAAAAGAGGAGUGGCGUCGGUUCCAGGCGGACCUCCAGACAGCUGUAGUAGUGGCCAAUGACAUCAAGGUAGAGGCACAGCAGGAGCUGCGUACACUGAGGAGGCAGCUGCAGGAGGAGCAGGAUCGCAGUGCAAAGCUUUCAUCAGACCUCGAGGCCCUGCAGGGAGUCAGGUCCCAAGGUGAUGAGGUGAGGGUGUCUGACUCCGACAACAGCCGUCACUGGUGCGGCAUCUCCAUGAUCCCAACCACACCCACAGACGCCAGCGCAGAUGCCGACUCAGAGCCCGGAGCUACUGUCAAAUCCCUCAUAAAGUCCUUUGAUACUGGACAGAAUGGACCUGCUCACACAAUUCAAAUGCAUUCCUCCCAAAGAAGCCCGCUUAGUGGCAUCCCCGUUCGCACUGCACCUGCUGCUGCUGUCUCCCCUAUUCAGAGACAGACAUUUAUAAAGCCACUUUCAAAGACUUUGGAAAAAAGAAUCAAUCAUGGGGAGUUCUCUCAUCAAUACGACAAGUUUCCUGGUUGCAGCGAAGACCUCAAACCUACCAGCCUAAUGAGGAAGAGCCCCUCUUUAGAGUCAGUAAUCAAAACUCCAGCCUCGUUCAGCAGCCGCACCGCUCCCUUCAGCUUCAGCCAAGGCAACAGCAAGCUCAGUGUGGAAAGAAAAGACCCCUUGGCUGCACUGGCGCGGGAGUAUGGAGGAUCUAAGAGAAAUGCUUUACUGAAGUGGUGCCAGAAGAAAACAGAAGGCUAUCCGAAUAUCGAUGUGACCAAUUUCAGCAGCAGCUGGAGCGACGGCUUGGCUUUUUGUGCCCUCCUGCAUACCUAUCUUCCAGCCCACAUCCCAUACCAGGAACUCAUUAGUCAAGAUAAGGUCCACAAUCUGACCCUGGCUUUUCAGGCAGCUGAGAGCGUUGGCAUCAAACCCUCCCUGGAUAUGGAAGAGCUGAUGAGGACUGACAGACCGGACUGGCAGAGCGUCAUGCAGUACGUCUCUCAGAUCUACAAAUACUUUGAGACCUGACCAGAGGGAAGAGAGGGGCCGGAGAGUGAUGGAUAGAAGUCACUGCAGCACUUUUGUGUCACUUCAGCAGCAAUGGACAGACAGACCAGCCUCUCCAGCUCACCGUUGGAAAUAAUCACAGUAAUCGAGGAGUUCCCUGUUUCUGAGUAAUAAAUCACAUAAGGCUGCUGUUUUCUUUCUGUAGAGGGCCAGUCUCUGCAGUGAGGAAACACAUGAACACGUGCCAAAUCUACCGCCAAAACACAGCAUAUACCAGACUAUCUAUGCAUGGUUAGAGUGUAACCCUCGGUGUGAGUGUGACGUCUGCUUACCCCAAACAUCAUGCAGUCAUGAUUGAACCAAUGUGAACCCAACUUUGUUUAACCUUGUGUCCUAUUUGCUGAAAAUUUUGAUCACUCUGUGUACUGAGUUUGAACAUGCUGGAGUUUGCAGAGCAGAAACUAUUUUGAGCUGACAUGUUUGGGUUGAACUGAAGCUUUUCUAUAUUUUCAACCUUUAAUUGUGUAUCCUUCAAAAAAGGAACAAGAUAAACUCUUGCUGCCAUCUGUGAUGCAACACUAAAAUGAUUCAACACUACAAGAGUAGAUGAUAGUUUUUUAGGCAUAUUUUUUAAUGAAAACUGAUCUUUAUGUCUGUUAACAACAUUCAGGACUGACUGGCUGAAUCAAACCAUCAUUUUGUGCUCUUCUUUGUCGAUUUUCAACGUUUCCAUCUGGACUCUCUCAUUAACAAUGGUACUGUGGCUGCUUUGCAAUAAAUUCAUCAACAUGUUUGGCAUGCCAUGUUAAAAGAUGAAGAGGAUAUGUUUUUACAUGUAACAGCUGAGGCACAACACUUUCUCUGUAGUACGAUUUAGACAAGCCUCCAUUUGAAAAUGCACUUACGUUUUGGAAGAUAAAAGUGUUAUUUAUUUAUUUAGAGGACAUGUAUCCUGGAAAGUAAGAAUAUUGAUGGAAAUGUUUGAAGUUUUAUAGUAAAAUGUUUGAAUGGGAGGCUUGUUGGAG